UGUUUUAGUCGACAACGGCAGCGCUGAACGAAAUCAUGUCGCAUAUUUUCAUUGUUGAAUUUUUCGCAAGGAAUUCAACAGCAGUAGCAGCAGCAGUCGAAGCAGCGCAGUAACGUCGUGACGUGCUGUCGGCAGCGUUGUUGACCCAUCACAAAAUUGCAACGUGCGCGUGUCAAUCAGUCGACGCUAAUGAGUUGCUUGGUCCGGUUAACCGAUUCAGUUCAAAUUCCGUGCUAAACUUCAUAACCGUUUCGCGAGUCGCGCGCGUUUUUCUAGUCGCCCCAUCAUCAUCAAAAAAAACAAGAAAAAACACAAAUACGCAACAGCAGCAGCAAAAGAAUAAUAAUAAAUUUUGUGGCAAGCGUCAGUAAAUCAUUAAAUUAAUAGCCUCACACACACACACAUACAGAGACGUACACACAGCUGUUGUGGGGAGUGCGUGUGUUGUUGGCAUUUGCCAAGGAGGAGCAAAGGAGAAGGAAGAAGUAGAGGCAAAGCUGCUCUGCCUUGGAAAUUGGCGGCAGUUGACCGCAGCAGCAGCGACGACGACGACGACGACGUCGAUUGCACUACACAACCACAAGCACACACACACACACUAAUACACACGUGCUGGCAGUAAAACAUAUUGAGCAAGCAGCAAGAGAAGAAGAGUGAGAAGGGACGUCGCGCGUUUUCGUCCCGGCCGCCCCAUUGUGACAUUUGAUUUAUUUGACGUGUGUGUUUUUGAUAGAAGCUCAACACGAAACUGACACGUUCACACAGACACACACACACACAAACACAUUCGCAUACACGAAGACAAGGCAAGCAGACAUUGAGUCGACGGCGCCGCUCUCAAGAAUUUCAAACGUGAAACGAAAAUAAAAUGAAAUACAUUUAAUUUGUAUUAGUAUUUGAACUUGUGUAUUUGUAUUUGUAUUGGAAUUGGUAUUUGUAUGCGUAUGUUUGGCUUAGUUAAGUGCGUUUCGCGUAUAUAACAACAACAACAACAACAAGAACAAUCAAAACAACAACAGAAACUACAACUAAAGCGAAUCGAUGCGAACAUUUAAUUAGUGUGAGCUACGAAAGAGAGACAGAGAGAGUUAGAGUGAGUGAGUGAGUGCUUGCAAACUUUGAGUCAAAGACAACAAAAAAUUGAAGUGAAACUCAAAACUCAACAAAAAACACAAAAAUACAAAAACGUCAAAAUGAUGCUACACGAGGCUGUUAUGCUGGAGAUUUAUCGCCAGGCGUUGAGUGCAAGCGAGUUGGCAAGUCCGCGUUGUCAAUCGCGGGAGUCGAAUGCCUCGGCAGCUGGCGCUGGAGAUGCGCGUUGUCCAUCGAAUGAAUCGCACUGCUCGGCCAACGAUUGUCUGACCCCCGCACCUACGCCCACGCCCACCACAGCCGCCUCCCCUGUGGGUCUGCCCCUCACCGCCACCUUGGCUCCCUCGGCAGCUGCAGCGUUGCUGCCUCCGCAAUCCGCUGCGAUGGCCGCUUAUCUGGCUGCCGCACAACAGAAUCAUUUGCUGCUGACCAAUCCGCUGGCAGCGGCCGCUUCUCUGGUGCAACAGGCAACGCAACAGGCCGCUUCGCCAGCUGCCAGUAAUCCCCACGAAGAGGAAGAGCCUCCUGCACUCGACUUUAGUCGGAAGCGAGCGACGUCGGAAUGCGAGGCAGCUGCUAGCGAUGAGGAGCAGGAAGAGCUGGCGGAUCAGGAGUCCGCGCCUUUGGAUUUGUCGGUGAGCACACGAAAGCGACAGACGCCGAACCUGGAGCAGGAUUCCCCAGCUAGGAAGUUGCCAAGAAGCGACUACAAAUCGCCCUUGCCACCAGGCAGUUGGGUGCCUCCCUUGAAUCCCUAUUUGGCGGCUGUGGCAGCCAAGUCAGCGGCGGGUUUAAGUGGCAAACUAGCGCCAAGUGAGGCGAGCAAAGCCCUGGAGAAGAUGAGCGAAAUGAGUCGCCUGGAGACGCCGCCACCGAGCAAUCGAACUCCCGCUUCCAACAACAACUCAGUGGGAGCAACUGGAGGAACUUCGGGAGGCGGACGUCACAGUGCUUGGCAAUCGCAUUGGCUAAACAAAGGUGCCGAUGCUGCUAAGGAUGUGUUCAAGUGCGUCUGGUGCAAGCAGAGCUUUGCCACGCUCGCCCUGCUCACCACCCACAUGAAGGAGACGCAACACUGCGGCGUUCAAGUUCCUUCGCCCUCCUCCAACUCGAAUUCCACGCCAGGAACAACACAACCUUCGUCGGCAUCGCGAAACAACAAUGCCACAUCGACCAACAGCUCGAAUUGCUCCAGCAACAGCUCGUCGACAUCCUCAAGUUCCUCCAAGUCCGAGCUGAAUAUGCUCAUCAAGGAGACAAUGCCGCUGCCCCGCAAACUCGUCCGUGGUCAGGACGUUUGGCUGGGCAAGGGAGCGGAGCAAACCCGACAGAUACUCAAGUGCAUGUGGUGUGGUCAGAGCUUCCGUUCGCUGGCCGAGAUGACGAGCCACAUGCAGGAGACUCAGCACUACACGAACAUCAUAUCGCAGGAGCAGAUCAUCUCCUGGAAGUCCGGUGACGAACGACCCUCAAACGGGGAGCGUUCCUCUGCAGCAAUGGGAGGGAAUAACUCCUCAGGGGGCACGCCCACAGCGCCCAGUGUGAGUGCUGUGCUUACCUGUAAGGUGUGCGAUCAGGCAUUCGCAACGCUCAAGGAGCUAAGCACCCACAUGGCUCAACAGUCGCAUUACAAGGAUGCGAAUGCCGCUUCCAGUUGCGCUUCUUCCUCCGCUUCGCCGCCAGCUCCGACUGCAGGAGGCGCAGGAAAGCGUGGACGACAAGCACGCAACGAGAAGCGCAAGAAAUCGCUCCCAGUGCGAAAACUCCUUGAGCUGGAACGCUCCGGAAGCGGAGGUGGCCUUGACUCGGCCUUAAAACCGUUGCGGGACUUUGCAGCGGCCACGAAAAUAACGUGUGAGAAAUGCGGCAGUAAGAUUGAGACUGCGCUGUUUGUGGAGCACAUAAGGAAGUGCCUGGGUGACAGCAUUCCCAUUCCCCCGAGGCGAGAGCAACAGCGUCUGGCCAGUCCCAGCAUGCAGUCGGAGAAGCCCAGCAAUAGCUCCUCCACAGGCGGAGGUCCUUCGGUGUUGAAUGCCCUCGAGCAACUGAUCGAGAAGAGCUUCGAAUCGCGUGUGGGACGCUUAGCCCCUGGUUAUCCGGAGACUGGCACACCGCUAGGAGCUAGCAUAUUGAAGCGUCUGGGAAUCGAUGACAGCAGCGACUACACAAAGCCCCUGAUGGAUGCUCAGGUCAUGCAGAUGCAGUUGCUGCGUUCUUCGUAUCCUUCGAGGGAUCGCAGUGCCAGUGAAUCGAGUUCUGCUAGCCGCGUAGAGUCCGCUUAUACGCCGGACCGACAGCAGGCGACGCCACGUCGCACUCCAGAUACGCCAGCGUCCUCGGUGGUAGCAACUCCUUCGCUUCCACCACCAGCGAGCAGCAUCAAGUCGGAGCCAAUCGAGGCGGAGCAGGAACUGGAAGCUACUAGCAACAACAAUAGUCGACAUCUCAUCAACGUCAAGAAGGAGUUCAGCAUGGACUCGGUAACGGGCAAUGCUCGGGGAAGUCCCAGCGCCAGCAGCGAACGCUCGAACAAUUCACCGCCCGCUGUGCCAGCUACGCAGACAACAAACCUGGCGGAGAGUGGAAGUUUACUGGCUCUUAACUCCAUGUUUGAUCAGCUGAGCAGCGUAGAAACCAACAACAAUAAUACUGGACUUUGCUUCAACAACAACAACAACAACAACAGUACUGGAAAUGGCAACUCAAAGAAAGCGAAAGCACAUCCGCUGGCAGCAUUGCAAAAGCUCUGCGAAACAACCGAUCCUCCAGCCUCGAACACACGCAGUGCCUCCUCCGCCUCCUCAACCACACCGAGCUUGGGUCUAGGCGGAGUGGGAGGCAAUGAUCUGGUUGCCUUCAGCUGGGCCUGCAACGAGGCGGUGUUAAGUGCGAGCACAGCGGGAGCAGCAGGCGGCGGAGGAGGUGCGGGAGGCGGGGAGCUGAUCAUCAAGUGCUCGUUUUGUGAUACGCCAUUUGGAUCGAAGGGCGCCUAUCGUCACCAUCUGUCCAAGGUGCACUUCGUCAAGGAUGCUGCUGAGGAUUCGCCCACCACAACAACAACAACAUUAGCAGCAGCGGCGUCGCAGCUCAAGUCGCCGGCGGCGGCGCAGUCACCGAAAUCGCUGCCGAUGGCCUCGCCAAAGCGUUCGGCAUCGCGCAGUCCGGCAACGCCGGCAGUCCAACAGCUGCCGCAGACGUCGCCGUCGACGUCGCUGUACGAUGAGAGUCCGCAGUCCAAGUUCUUAAAGUACACGGAGCUGGCCAAGCAGUUGUCCUCGAAGAAUGCCUAAAGUGAGGUUAAGUGCAAUCGCUGCUCGCCGCUGCAUUGAUUUCCGAUCAAAAACGAAAAGAGAGCGCCAGUAGAGAGCACAACUUAAGCUCUCUCAAUUGUCGCUCUCGCAAGACGUUCUCUCUGCAGAAGCAUUUCCCCUACUUUGCUGAAUAAGCAGACAAAUUUCCCCUCCCGGUGCCUGGGGUAGUGACGUCACAGCGCUGACGUCUCUCAGUUUUAUUGUUUGCCAAAACACACAAUCAGCAACAGAAACAGCUAGAGCAUGCCAUCGCAUUCACACGCACGCCACUCGUGCGAAAUUCAAUUACCACCACUUUGACGAACUGCUGUCCAUCAAAAACAACGCCACACACUCGCACACACAAACACACGCGCACACUCUCUUACAGUGCAAUUACAGGCGUGCGCAAGAGCGAGACGGUUGUAGUGUGCACAGCAGUUUGACGAAAGGCGACGACAACAGUUCGUCAAAGUGAAAAACAACAAACACACGAAACGAAAACGCAAACGGGCAAGCAAAAACAAAAUACAAAAGCAAAACAUGCUGACCCAUGCGAUUGGAUGGAGCAGCAACACAACAGCAGCAGCAAGCAACAACAAUGCUCAAAAUGGGUGGGGGAUAUAUAUUGAGCAGCAAAACGCAACCGGUUUGAGCGCAAAUCGAGUGAUGAGUGAGUGAGCGAGAGAGAGAGAGGAAGAGCGAAACCAAUUGAGUGGAUUUUGUAUGAACAAAUUGCGGUUCCUGGUCAAAAAAGCGUGCCAAAAAAUUAAGAAAAACUAAAAUUAAUAAAUUUAUUAAUAUUAAGUAAUUACAAAAAUGCAACGCAGUAUACGUAAAAAACUUUAAACAACAAAAAAAUCUCUCAAAAAAAAAUUUUAAAACUCAUUUUACGAGUGAAAAAAAUAAAUACAAUUUGUUUUAAGUUGUUUUUAGUAAGCAAAGAGGCAAGUUUUUUUGAAGUGUAAAUAAUUGAAUAGAGAUUUAGCACUUUCCUUCCAAUAUUAAGAAUUAUUAAAGAAUUAAACUAUUAAUAAAAAAGUCAAGAAUCAAAAUGUAAUCACGGCAACUCAUGUAUACGCAUUAAUUAUACAACAACAAAUUAUAUACUUAACUAUAUUAAUUAUAUACGAACAUUAAAUACAAUGUAUACCAACAACACUCAAAUCUCAAAAAGAACUACAAGAAGAAGAAGAAGAAAUGUAUACCUAUUAUAUAUAUAAAAUAUAUGUAUUUAACCUAAGAUUAAACCUAAGACUUCCAACUAUGAAAAGGACAAAAAUCCUAUUAUAAAACAAAUGAAAAAACUUAACGCAACAAAAUGUCAAACAUUUCAUUGUCAUCAACAAGAAAACUAAAACAACAACAACAAGAACAUCAUCAGCAACAAACUUGAACUAAUUUAAAAACAAAAAGAUUAACUUAUGAUAAUAUUAUAUAUAUAUAGAAGAUAUGUCUGUAUCUGUAUCUGUAUACGACUUGUAUUUGAGUUUUUGUGAUAUUAUUUUUAAAACUCCUUUUGCUUCCUUUUCGCCUAGUUCUUAAGUAAGUUUAACGAAAAAUGCAAUAAACAUUU